AUGGAACCUGUAACUCGGCUCACUUCAUUGCGAGAUGGAUCAGUACUUAUAACCUGCCAAGGAAAUGGCAUUACCAUUGUCCCACAUGAUGAAGAAAUUGUCCUGACAUAUCGUACUAAUUUUACUUUGACAUGCUUUGGGGAGGAGGAGGUAUUCUGGACAUUUGACAGGAAGGAGCCCUUAUACAAUUUGUCAAAUAAGGACAUUUUUUACUUCAGCAACCUAACCAUAUACAAUGCUGUUGGUCUUCAUACGGGGCUCUAUACAUGCUUGUCCAAAAAGGAAGACAUCAAAAAAUCCACAUAUAUUUUUGUACCAGAUCCAUUUGUGCCCUUUAUCCCUCAAGAGGAGAGUGAUGAAUUUGUCUUCUCUGUGGCUAACAAGAAAUCAACAAUUCCAUGUCGUACAACAAACCCGGAUGCCAGUGUCACACUUCAUGAAAGGAAAACUGGAGAUGAGUUCCCAGCUGUCUAUGACAGGCAGGUGGGGUUUACAGGUUACUAUGAAGACCAAACUUAUAUCUGCCGCGCAACAUUUAAUGGCACUGAAUUGGACUCAGAACCAUAUUACGUUUUCAUUCUUAAAAGUACACCAGAUUUCAAAGUGACUGUCACUGCUGUGCAAACACUGGUGAGAAAGGGUGAAAAUAUCUCCAUUAAUUGCACAGUUACAGGAUCUAACCUUGUACUUUUCAACUGGACAUAUCCACGCAAAGAGGCAGGAUUUCCAGAAUAUCUAGUCACAGAUGUUAAAGGUGGAGAGGAUUAUGAUGUUCGAUCAAUUCUUACCAUCCAGAAUGCAGCCAGAGAAGAUUCUGGAAGCUAUAUAUGUCAGGUAUCAGAAAGCGUUACUGGAAAGUCUGAAGAAAUCCAAGUGGAAGUGACUGUUUUAGGAAUUGGAUUUGUACGAAUCAUCUCAGAUAUAAACAGAACAGAGUAUGUCAAUCUACAUAGCAGUGUGUCUUUUGUUGUUGACAUCGAGGCAUAUCCCAAACCCAUCGUUGAGUGGAUGAAAGAUGACAUGGAAAUCUCAGAAGAUCAAGAUGAAGUAUCUUUAGUGACUGUAAACCUGACAGAGGUAGAGUUCGGCAGAUAUAAAAGCACACUGACUCUGUUGCGGGUGAAAAUGAGCGAGGCUGGAACUUACAAGAUCAAGGUCUACAAUGAAGAUGCAUCUAAAGAACUAGCCUUUGACCUGCAUAUAAGUAUGCCUUCUAAAGUUGUGUCACUGACUGAGGACCGUGCACCAAAUGGAACACAAACUGUUGUGUGCAUUGCUGAAGGAUCGCCUCUGCCAGUUAUUCAGUGGCACAUCUGCAAUGAUUUAACCAGGUGCAGAAACGAUACCAAGCUGUGGACUGUUAUUAAAACCAAUGCAAAAAAUGUAAAAAUGCAGCCUACGUACCCUUACGAUAGCAGCACUGCACAUCAAAUCGAGGGGCUUCUUGUUUUCCACAGUGUGAAGGAACCAACUGCAGUGCGAUGUCAGGCAACUAAUGAAAAUGGAAAAGAUUUUCAAGAUGUCAAUUUGGUUCCACAGGUGUCGAUGUACAUUGAAGUGGCCAUCGUAUCAGCUAUCCUGGCCAUUGCCAUCAUUGCUCUGAUUGUCCUCCUCAUCCUUUCUUAUAAGAAACCCCGUUAUGAGAUACGAUGGAAGGUUAUGGAGUCAGUGAGCCUUGACGGACAUGAAUAUAUUUAUGUGGAUCCUAUGCAGCUGCCAUAUGACUCAAGCUGGGAGUUUCGCAGAGACAGACUAGUUUUAGGCCGAACACUGGGUUCUGGUGCAUUUGGAAGAGUCGUAGAGGCUACAGCCCAUGGUUUAAGUAAUACACAUUCCAUUAUGAAGGUGGCUGUUAAAAUGCUAAAAACUACUGCAAGAAGCAGUGAGAAACAGGCCUUGAUGUCUGAACUGAAGAUCAUGAGUCAUCUGGGACCUCAUCUUAAUAUCGUCAACUUACUAGGAGCCUGUACCAAAGGAGGUCCAAUAUAUAUCAUCACUGAAUACUGUCGCUAUGGAGACCUGGUAGAUUAUCUUCACAGAAAUAAGCAUACAUUCCUCCAGUAUUAUGCUGAAAAAACUAGGAAGGAGUCUGAGAUGUACAGAAAAAUAUCUGAAGAUGGUCUGAAAAAUGGCCCUCUUCUGGUUCCUAUUGAGAAUGAUGGCGGAUAUAUGGACAUGAGCAAGGAUGAGUCCAUCGGCUAUGUCCCCAUGAAAUUCAAGGAGGAAAUUAACUAUGCGGACAUUGACCCCUCUGUCUAUGAAACACCUUAUCAGCACGAUGAGUAUGGAAUGACAGGCCAAGACACCACUGAAACUGUAACAAUGAUUAAUGAAUCACCAAUCCUAACAUACACAGACCUGGUUGGUUUCAGUUACCAGGCUGCAAAUGGCAUGGAGUUUCUUGCAUCUAAGAAUUGUGUGCAUCGAGACCUUGCUGCUCGAAAUGUCCUGAUCUGUGAAGGGAAGCUAGUCAAGAUCUGUGACUUUGGAUUGGCCAGAGACAUAAUGCAUGAUUCCAACUACAUUUCCAAAGGCAGUACAUUUUUGCCUGUGAAAUGGAUGGCCCCAGAGAGCAUUUUCAAUAACCUUUAUACCACACUGAGUGAUGUUUGGUCCUAUGGAAUCCUGCUGUGGGAAAUAUUCAGUUUAGGUGGUACACCUUAUCCUGAACUGCCAAUGAAUGAUCAGUUCUAUAAUGCAAUCAAACGUGGGUAUCGUAUGUCAAAGCCAUCAUACGCAUCAGAAGAAAUUUAUGAAAUAAUGCAGAGGUGUUGGGAAGAGACGUUUGAGAAACGACCCCAGUUCUCACAACUAGUUCGUCAGGUGGGGAAUGCACUUUCAGAGACUUACAAGCAGAAGUACAGUGAGGUGCUAGAAGAGUUUCUGAAGAGUGACCACCCUGCUAUUACCCGGACACGGCCAAGAUUACAGGAUUCCAAAAAUUUGACGACUAUGCAAACCACCAUUAAUGAGUACAUUAUUCCUCUCCCAGAUCCAUUACCUGAGGAAGAGGCAGACAACAUUUCCAGGACAACUUCAGAAAACGGCUCUGUGCUAAAUGAUGAGAUCACUGCAUCUACAGCAUCUUGUGACACUCCAGUGAUGCCGUCAGGAAAUCAGGAACUGGGCAUGCCUGCUACUGAGGAAGAAGACAACAGCUCAGAAGUGCAGGAUAGUGCCCUGUAGCACCCACUUCCUGGUUAUUCCUCUGUGUUACUGCAAGCAUAGCUAAGAAGCAGCAAGCAAAAGAAAAAAAAUGUUACUUGCUCAUUAAAUUAUAACUUGUUUUGGCAUCACAUGCUCUGCCAAUGAUAAUUCUUUUGUUGCCAGUUUAAUAUAUUGAAGUAAGAGGCCAUAUAAAAAUUUUGGUACUAUAUGCACCUUUUUUGUGGGAAUUUAGAGGAGUGUUCAAAACACAUCUGGCACACACUUUUUUCUUUAAGUACUUAUCUCUUUUCCAUUUGUCAUGUUAUUUUAAGUAGCACAGUUCUACACACUGUAUUCUUUAAGCUAUUUUUGAUGGAUUUUCCCUUUAAGUUGUUACAUGAGAGUAAUAAUUAAAUGUCACAUUGGGAUUUUAUCAGUUUUCCAAGGUGAAAUGUUCUUUAAGGAUUCUUAGUGUUGUUGCCUGCCAAAGUCUUGAAAGAAACACACUUCACAUGUCCAGUAAUUAACUGUUUUAGUCUGAAUGUGGUAUAUCAAGCAGUUCAGAAACAUUUUUGCAAGAUUUGUGGUUAAGACUGUUUGCAAAGACUAGAUUCAAAAAUUCUUAGAAAAUGUCUACACAAUGUAGCUUUUAAAUACCAUGACAGUUUUCCAGGCCUUUCUUUUGUAAUAAACCAGUAGGGAAUGUCAGUCCCCUAUGUGUUCAUGGCCAGUAUUAACCAUAGUAUUUAUGACUUAUUUAUGUAGUUCAUAGAAGUGCAUUGUUUCUUUGCUUUGACUGCAUACCCUGCAGUUAUAAACUGUGUACAUAAAGGUUGUUUUUUACUAUAGAAUAAGUAACAACAGCUGGCUGGUUCCUACACAAGUUACACAUAUCUUUGAUAUAGAAUCCACAAAGAAUUUAGGAGAAUUUCCCAUUAUGUUGUGAAUACCUAACCGUACCCUGGAAACCUGACCAUGCCCCAAAUACUUAUAAGGUGAAUGAAUGACUGAAGCCACAAUAGCUUACCAUAGCCUGAAUAUCUAACCAUGUCUUGAGUAACUCACCAUACUCUAACAUGUUCUAAAUGUAUUGCUAUGCCCAGAAUAUUGACUAGGCUUUUACCAUGCUCUACGUCCAGAAUAUCUCACCAUUUUCUGAAUACAAAGCAAUCUUAUUAAUACCUGCUGCUGCUCUGAGUAAUUGACUGCACAAAUGAAUAAAUGACCAUGUUCUAAAUAUCUGCUUAUAUCAUGAAUGAAUGAUCACUCCUGUCUGUCUGAUUGCACCAUGAAUAAAUGAUCAUGCCCACAUA